GGGGGCUCCUGCCCCGCUGCCUGGCCAUGAUCUUCAACAGCAUCGGCCCCUUCCAGGCCAAGAGAUUCGUUUUCAAGCUGGAUGACAAGAACGGGGUGGAUGUGCAGAGCGAGGUGGAGGCUCUGCUGGAACGCCAGAGGAGAGAGGCGCUGCCCACCCCAAAAACUCCAGCUGGGAAGAGGCAGCUGGAUCCCGAGUUUGCCGACAUGAUCGACGCGCAGGAUCGCUGCCGGGCGGAGGAGGUGGACGAGGACAACGUCUACGGCGUCUUCGUGUCCUACAUCGAGAUCUACAACAACUACAUCUACGACCUGCUGGAGGAGGCUCCCUGUGACUCCAUCAAACCCAAACCUCCCCAGUCCAAAAUCCUUCGGGAAGACCAGAACCACAACAUGUACGUGAUGGGCUGCACCGAAGUGGAGGUCAAAUCCACAGAGGAAGCUUUUGAAGUCUUUUGGAGAGGGCAGAAGAAGCGGCGCAUCGCCAACACGCAGCUGAACCGGGAAUCCAGCCGCUCCCACUCCGUGUUCAUCAUCAAACUGGCGCAGGCUCCUCUGGAUGCUGAUGGGGACAACGUGCUCCAGGAAAAGGAGCAGAUCACCCUGAGCCAGCUGUCCCUGGUGGAUCUGGCGGGAAGUGAGAGAACCAACAGGACCAAAGCCGAGGGGAACAGGCUGCGGGAGGCAGGGAAUAUCAACCAGUCAUUGAUGACAUUGAGGACGUGCAUCGAGGUUCUGCGGGAAAACCAAUUGUACGGAACAAACAAGAUGGUUCCAUACAGAGAUUCCAAACUGACUCAUCUCUUCAAGAACUAUUUUGAUGGAGAAGGGAAAGUUCGGAUGAUCGUGUGUGUGAAUCCCAAGGCUGAGGACUACGAGGAAAGCCUGCAAGUGAUGCGUUUUGCGGAGAUGACCCAGGAGGUGGAGGUGGCCAGGCCCCUGGACCGGCCCCUGUGCGGGCUGACGCCGGGGCGGCGCCUCCGGAACCAGCCCACAGGACCAGAGGAGCCAUCUCCUGCUGAGCUGUUCUUCCAGAGCUUCCCACCCCUGCCUUCCUGCGAGCUCCUGGAUAUCAACGACGACCAAACCCUCCCAAAACUGAUCGAGGCCCUGGAGCAGCGCCACAAAAUGAGGCAGAUGCUGGCUGAGGAAUUUGCCAAAAACGUUCUUGCCUUUAAAACAAUGCUGCAAGAAUUUGACUCCAGUGUUGCAUCCAAGGAGAAUUAUAUCCAAGGAAAACUGGCUGAGAAGGAGAAAACCAUAACGGGGCAGAGGUCGGAGCUGGAACGGCUGGAGAAGAAGAUUAAAACCUUGGAGUACAAGAUUGAGAUUUUGGAGAAGACAGCCACGAUUUACGAGGAGGACAAGAGGAACCUGCAGCAGGAGCUGGAGAGCAAGAGCCAGAAGCUGCAGCGGCAGGCGUCGGACAAGAGGAGGCUGGAGGCCAGGCUGCAGGGAAUGGUGGCCGAGACCUCCCUCAAGUGGGAGAAGGAAUGUGAGCGGCGGGUGGCAGCCAAGCAGCUGGAGAUGCAGAACAAGCUGUGGGUGAAGGACGAGAAGCUGAAGCAGCUCAAGGCCAUCGUCACCGAGCCCAGAGCCGAGAGGCCAGAGAGGCCAUCCCGGGAAAGGGAGCGGGAAAAGGCUCUCCCGAGAUCCGUGUCGCCUUCCCCUGCGCCCAGCUGUGGUGACCCCGCUGGGCUCGGGGACAGCCGGGCGGCCCCGCAGGCGCCCAGGCGCUCCAACUCCUGCAGCAGCAUCUCUGUGGCCUCCUGCGUGCUGGAGUGGGAGCAGAGGGGCCCUUCCUGCGAGCCAGCCAGCAUUCCCAAAGCCAGGAAUAAAGCGGGAGCGGAGCCGGGCUCGGCCUGGCCCAGCCCUGCCAGGAGGAGAGGGAUGUGCUGGAGCCGAGUGCUGGAGGUGCCCAGGGAUAGAGAGGAGCUAGAGCAGGAAGAGGAUCCGUGCUGCAGGGGGGACGUGUUCAAGACCAGAGGUGGGGGCCAGGCCGUGCAGUUCACGGACAUUGAGACCCUCAAGCAGGAAUCUCCCACCGGGCGGAAGCGCCGCUCGUCGCCUCCCGAUCCCGACCCCGCCGGGGACGCCGCGGACUCGGAAUGGACGGACGUGGAAACCAGGUGUUCCGUGGCCGUGGAGAUGAGGGCGGGAUCGGCGCUGGGACCGGGAUUCCAGCACCACGCCCAGCCCAAGCGCAGGAAACCCUGAAUUUUUCCUGCUGGAAUCCCGGAUUUUCCCAGCCUGAGGAAUGCUCUGCUGCCACUGCUCCUCAGGAACCGCUUUGUGCUCAUUCCCGGAGGUUUUUAGGGAAGCUGGGAAAUGGUUCCAUUGGUGAUCCCAAAGAACUUCUGGAUAGAUCUGUCCUUUUCCAUAGGUUCAGGGAAAUCCAAAAGGUCCCUCUGGAGUUCCAAACGGAGCCGGAUCAUUACCGACAGUGCCAGCAGGCUUUUCCCUGGGAGGCUUUUCCAGUGUUUUCCCAGUUUUUUCAUCCCAAAUCCAACUUUUCCGGUCAUUCCCUCUCUUUUGGGAGACCCAACCGCUGCUAUUCCGAGCUGCAGUCCAGCACUUUAAGGGUGUUUUUGGCCAUUCCCGAUUUUACUGGAACCAGGAAAACCUUGGGAAUAUGGAUUUCUUCUGGCAAGAACGAAUUUGGAAUAUUUAAGUGUGUCACUGAGCUGCCAGAACAUUCCAGAGUCACCCAAAAUCCCGGGAGCAGUGGGAAUUCACAUCCCAGCUGCUUUGGGGUGUGAGGGAAUUCUGGAAUGUUUUCCAUGUGGGAAUGGGGGGAAAAGGGGAUUUCCUCACGGAUAGGGUGGGAAUUGGCUUUCUGUGUGUCCCUGCAAGAUGAACAAUAAAUACUUUUAUUCCAAA